AUGUGCUCCUCGGCCAAGUACAACCCCCGGGGUCCGGCCCUCAUCCCCAGGAUGAAAACCAAGCACCGAGUCUACUACAUCACCCUCUUCUCCGUCGUCCUGCUGGGCCUGCUGGCCACGGGGAUGUUCCAGUUCUGGCCCCACUCCAUCGAGUCGUCGGGGGACUGGGCGGCGGCCAAGCGCAGCGUCCACGACGUGCCCGUGGUGAAGCUCCCGGCCCACGGCCCCAUCCCCGAGCGGGGGGACCUGAGCUGCAGGAUGCACACCUGCUUCGACGUCUACCGCUGCGGCUUCAACCCCAAGAACAAGGUGAAGGUCUACAUCUACUCCCUCAGGCGGUACGUGGACGAGGAGGGGGCGGCGGUGAGCGGCACCAUCUCCCGGGAGUACAACGAGCUGCUGGCCGCCAUCUCCGACAGCGACUUCUACACCGACGACGUCAGCCGGGCCUGCCUCUUCGUGCCCUCCAUUGACGUCCUCAACCAGAACUCCCUCAGGAUCAAGGAGACAGCUCAGGCUUUGGCGCAGCUCUCCAGGUGGGAUCGAGGCACAAACCACUUGCUCUUCAAUAUGCUGCCUGGAGGGCCACCAGAUUACAACACUGCCCUGGAUGUUCCUAGGGACAGAGCUCUGCUUGCUGGAGGAGGCUUCUCCACGUGGACUUACCGGCAAGGCUACGAUGUCAGCAUUCCUGUUUACAGCCCUUUGUCUGGGGAAGUGGAGCUGCCAGAAAGAGGACCAGGUCCCCGCAGGUAUUUCAUCCUCUCGUCUCAGAUGGCUCUGCACCCUGAGUACCGCUCGGAGCUGGAAGCUCUUCAAGCUGAGAAUGAGGGCUCAGUCCUGAUCCUGGACAAGUGUUCCAACCUGUCAGAGGGGGUCCCUGUCCUUCGUAAACGCUGUCACAAGAACCAGGUCUUUGAUUAUCCUCAAGUCCUCCAGGAGUCCACCUUCUGUGUGGUUCUGCGUGGAGCCCGCCUGGGACAGGCUGUGCUGAGUGAUGUUCUCCAAGCUGGCUGUGUUCCUGUCAUCAUUGCUGACUCCUACAUCUUGCCUUUCUCUGAGGUUCUGGACUGGAAGAGGGCUUCUGUUGUCAUCCCUGAGGAAAAGAUGCAUGAAAUGUACAGCAUCCUCCAGAGUGUCCCUCAGAGACAGAUUGAAGAGAUGCAGAGACAGGCAAGGUGGUUCUGGGAGGCCUAUUUUCGCUCGAUGAAGGCGAUCGCUCUUGCUACCCUUCAGAUCAUCAACGACAGAAUUUACCCCUAUGCUGCCAUCUCUUAUGAGGAGUGGAAUGAUCCCCCAGCUGUGAAAUGGAGCAGUGUGAGCAACCCACUCUUCCUUCCCCUGAUCCCACCUCAAUCCCAAGGUUUCACAGCCAUAGUUCUGACCUACGACCGUGUGGAGAGCCUUUUCCGGGUCAUCACCGAGGUGUCCAAAGUGCCCAGCCUGUCCAAACUGUUAGUUGUGUGGAACAACCAGAACAAGAAUCCACCAGAAGAGUCCCUCUGGCCAAAGAUUCGAGUUCCCCUGAAAGUCGUUAGGACUGCAGAAAACAAACUCAGCAACCGCUUCUUCCCCUACGAUGAGAUUGAGACCGAGGCAGUGCUGGCCAUCGAUGAUGACAUCAUUAUGCUGACCUCAGAUGAGCUCCAGUUUGGCUAUGAGGUUUGGCGUGAGUUCCCUGACAGGCUGGUUGGAUACCCAGGCCGCCUGCACCUUUGGGACCAUGAGAUGAACAAGUGGAAAUAUGAAUCAGAGUGGACCAAUGAAGUCUCAAUGGUGCUCACAGGGGCUGCAUUCUAUCACAAGUAUUUCAACUACCUUUACACCUACAAAAUGCCUGGGGACAUCAAGAAUUGGGUGGAUGCUCACAUGAAUUGUGAAGAUAUCGCCAUGAAUUUUCUAGUGGCAAAUGUCACUGGCAAAUCAGUCAUCAAGGUGACCCCGCGGAAGAAGUUCAAGUGCCCCGAAUGCACGGCCAUCGAUGGCUUAUCUCUGGACCAGACACACAUGGUGGAGAGGUCUGAAUGCAUCAACAAGUUUGCCUCUGUCUUUGGGACCAUGCCUCUGAAAGUGGUGGAGCACCGUGCUGACCCUGUCCUCUACAAAGAUGACUUCCCAGAGAAGCUGAAGAGCUUUCCCAACAUUGGCAGCUUGUAAAGGCAGCUGUGGGACCAACCUGAGUGAUGGAAACGAUGGCCAAAAAGGUGCCCUGAGGGCUGUGAAGCCCUGAAGGAUAAAAUGGCUGGAGAAUGGGUUACAUCUGAGGGAGGUGCUGUGUUCUGCUGGGCUGUCUUCCCUUCACAUUGCACAGAGGUGGAAUGGAAAGCUGGACAACUGCUGCUGGUGCCCACAGAGAACUGAAGGGGUCCUCCCAGGAGGGUCAGACACACACUUUGCUCCAAAGAAGGCUGCAAGAAUAAAGCAGAAUCUCCUUCUCUGUGGUCUGACUGACCUCUUCUAUCGAGUGUGCUGCUGCAACUCUCUGGUUUGUAAGCAUCCAUCCUUCAAAGCACUGCUCUCUCUGGGUGGGAGGAACUCACUGCCUGUGCUGUCAGU